AAGAGUUUGAUCGUAAACAUAACCGCAAGCAUGAAUUCGAAAACGAGAGUGAGGCCGAACAAGAGCAUGAAUUUGGAAAGGAAAGUGAAUCCGAACAAGAACACGAGAACGAAUUUAAAAACGGCCAUAGUCAUAUAAAUAAAGAAGAGUUUGAUCGUAAACAUAACCGCAAGCAUGAAUUCGAAAACGAGAGUGAGGCCGAACAAGAGCAUAAAUUUGGAAAGGAAAGUGAAUCUGAACAAGAACAUGAGAACGAGAACGAAUUUAAAAACGGGCAUAGUCAUAUAAAUAAAGAAGAGUUUGACCGUAAACAUAACCGCAAGCAUGAAUUCGAAAACGAGAGUGAGGCCGAACAAGAGCAUGAAUUUGAAGAACAUGAGAACGAGAACGAAUUUAAAAACGGGCAUAGUCAUAUAAAUAAAGAAGAGUUUGAUCGUAAACAUAACCGCAAGCAUGAAUCCGAAAACGAGAGUGAGGCCGAACAAGAGCAUGAAUUUGAAAAGGAAAAACAAGAACAUAGUCAUAAGGAAGGAUUUAAUGGCGAAUCCGAACAAAGACAUGAAAACAUAAUCGAAUCUGAGAACGGACAUGAUCAUAAAGAAGAGUUUGACCGCAAGAAUAACCGGGAACACGAAUUUGAGGAUAGCCAUAAGCAUGAAUCUGCGAAAGAGAAUGAACGUAUUAGUAACCACAAAGAAGGAUUUAAUAACGAGGAUGAAAAUGAAUUUAAAAACGAACGCGUCAAUUUAUAUAAGCACAAAGAAGGGUUCGAUUAUAAAUAUAACCGGGAACACGAAUCAGAACAAUAA